GUACAGUGCUGGGGACGGAUAAGAGCUUCUUCAAAUGCCAAUCGAAGUCUAAGAAGUUUCAGUUCUGUGCACAAGAUGGUGGCUGUGUUCAAUAAAGAGUUAUUGAGCUGGUAUCUGAUCACCCUCAAGCUCAGAGAAACGGUAGAAUCUGGAAUUCCCAUAAACUCAAAUUCAGCCAAUUCUGUUGAUUCUCAAGAAAAAUCGGAACUCCAGCUUCAGUGGCAGAGACAGAAUCAUUCAGAAUCCCGUCGUGUUAUAAUAGAAGAUGAAGAUCAGAAGCUUGAAGAAGACCCGGAAUCACCGGAGUCAGGAUGGGUUAUCACCAUCAAGGAAAAGCUUGGCCAAGCACAUCAAGAUGAAGUAGAAAGUUCGUGGGCGAAGGUCAGCAUUUACAAGGUCCCCCACUACCUGAAAGAUGGAGACGACAAAGCUGUUGUUCCUCAGAUUGUGUCUUUGGGACCUUACCACCAUGGAAAGCGCCGGGUCCGGCAAAUGGAACGCCAUAAAUGGCGAUCGCUUCACCACAUCCUAGAGAGAACAAAGCAUGACAUAAAGCUUUAUCUGGAUGCCAUGAAAGAACUUGAAGAGAAAGCCCGUAGUUGUUAUGAAGGACCGUUCAGUUAUAGCAGCAAUGAGUUUGUUGAAAUGAUGGUGCUGGAUGGUUGCUUUGUGCUUGAGCUCUUCAGAGGAGCUGCAGAAGGAUUCAAACAACUUGGGUACCCUCGAAAUGAUCCAAUCUUCGCAAUGCGCGGCUCAAUGCAUUCAAUCCAGAGGGACAUGAUAAUGCUCGAAAAUCAGCUGCCCCUGUUUGUACUGGAUCGGCUGCUAGAGCUUCAGCUUGGUGACCACUACCAGAAAGGGCUUGUAGCCGAAUUGGCACUCAGAUUCUUCGAUCCAUUAACCCCAAACGAUGAGCCCUUGACUAGAAGUAACUUGAACAAACUAGAAUCAUCUCUCGGAAACACAACCGCCUUUGACCCGCUUGGUUAUCAAGGCGGACUUCAUUGCCUCGACGUUUUCCGGCAAAGUCUCCUGCGAUCAGGCCCCAAAUUAGCACCAAAAGUGUGGAUCAAACGGCGGUCUCAUGCAAAUCGGGUGGCCGAUAAACGGAGGCAGCAAUUGAUACACUGCGUGAAAGAGCUGAAAGACGCAGGAAUCAGAUUCCAGAAGAAGAAAACUGAUCGAUUUUGGGACAUAAAUUUCAAUAACGGGGUUAUGCAAAUUCCACGGCUAUUGAUUCACGACGGAACAAGGUCAUUGUUUCUGAAUCUAAUAGCAUUCGAACAGUGUCAUCUUGAUUGCAGCAAUGACAUAACCUCCUAUGUGGUUUUCAUGGAUAAUCUAAUCGACUCUCAUGAAGACGUUGCUUACCUCCAUUACUGUGGGAUAAUAGAGCAUUGGCUUGGCAGUGAUGAGGAGGUUGCUGAGCUCUUCAAUCGUCUCUGUCAAGAGGUAGUUUACGACAUCAAUGCUAGCUACCUUUCCCAACUGUCCGAGGAUGUGAAUCGCUACUACAACCAUAAAUGGAAUGCUUGGAGAGCAACCUUGAAACACAACUACUUCAGCAAUCCAUGGGCCAUCAUCUCUUUGGUUGCCGCAGUAGUUCUUCUGUUGCUUACUUUUGCACAGACCUUCUAUGGUGUUUACGGUUAUUACAGGCCCCCAAAUUGACCCACAACUCAGAACCUGCCCCUCUCUCUAUCAUAUCAGAUAAAAAGCUUCUGUUUUUCAGUUGUUUCUUCUCCUUUUCUUCUUCUUUUUCUUUUGGAUUGGUUUUCCAGCUCAGUUCAAAUAGCUGAUGGAAUUGUGUUAUUGGUUUUGUAAUACGAAAGUAGUUUUCAUUUUGAUUAUGUUGUGGAUGGAGCUGCCUUUGAAUUUUCAGAGUAACAUGAAGCCCAGAUGAGAUGA